GUUGGCUGGCAGAAAGGGACUGUGAUUGUAACGGGUGAGAGGGAUAGAUAGAUGUUUCUGGUGUCUUUAAGCCUAAAGUUUGACAGUAUAUAACAUGACCAUUUUCCACUAUUAGUAUUAGUGUUUUACUCAGUUUACUUGUACAAAGUUUGUUCAGAAUUACUUCGCUCUUUUAUGACGUAUUGUGUGCAUAUCUUAUUUAACAAAUUCGGUGCCAUAUAACUUCACUGAUAUAUUUAUAAAAAGAACGAAUAAUUUUCCUUGGUUAUUCGUGUUGGAACAGUGGAAUUUGGAAACAAGCCGGUCACAGUGUUUGUGUGUUCUGCACUUUCAUGGUAGGAAUAUCAAGAUUUGUGUUAUUAUUGUUUCAUAUAAUAACAGAUCUUAGCGAUAGGUCAGAGACCUGAAAUGAAUGAAAAGGUGGACUAUCAAGAGGGUUUUAUCACCAAGGAUCACUGUCCUUUGACUGUACCAGUUCGUUUACAGCCCCUUACAGAUACUUAUACAGUCGAUCCCAAACCAUUUGCAAGGGGUAAGUUUGCAACUGUUCGUCGCUGCAGAAACAGAGAAACGGGUGUGGACUAUGCGGCGAAGUGUAUUCGGAAACGUCGACGAGCAGUAGAUGUUAGACAUGAGAUAAUGCACGAAAUGUUUGUAUUAAAACAGAGCGAACACUGUCCCCAUAUUAUACGUCUUCACGAAGUGUACGAAUCGUCGACGGAAGUUAUUUUCGUAUUGGAAAUGGCAGUAGGUGGCGAACUUCAGAGGGUUUUGGAAGACCAUGAAGUGAUAUCUGAAAAAGUGGCAACUCGUCUGAUGCGCCAAAUCCUUGAGGGCGUGACCUUUUUGCACGAGCGUAAUAUAGCACAUUUAGAUAUAAAGCCUCAAAAUUUACUGCUUACAAGUACUUUCCCUCGUUGUGAUGUGAAAUUGUGUGAUUUUGGAAUUUCUCGCUUGAUUUCAAAAGGAACCGAGAUUCGAGAGAUUCUUGGAACACCAGAUUAUGUUUCACCAGAAAUACUUCAGUAUGAACCAAUUUCUCUAGCCACAGAUAUGUGGAGCAUAGGCGUUCUAGUGUAUGUUCUUUUGUCAGGACACACACCUUUCACUGGUGAGACUAAACAAGAGACAUUUUGGAAUAUCACUAGCGGAAUACUGGAUUUCCCAGAAGAAUUAUUUGGUGGUGUAUCAAAUGAUGCAAAAGAUUUCAUUCAGAGGUUAUUGAUCACUGAACCAAGUGAGCGAAUGACAGUCAAAGAAUGUCUCCGACAUUCCUGGAUCAGAUGUGGUGGUAACCUGGAGAAUCCAUGGUCUGAUGUAGUAUUGUCAUCGAGGAAUGCUAAGGUUUCUGUUUUUUCAGUAGAAGUUGCUGAAGAAGUGACCUGUGGACAAGAAGUCGUGCCUCUGUUACAGCAGUCUGAAGAAGCUGUUUCUGUAAAUGUUGUAGAGGGAACAUUUCAACGUCACACACACCUGCUUCCUGUAAACCAUCACCAUUCUAAAAGAGAGAGGGGAUCUGAAAAACCUUGCCCACCUUUACCUAGCCGAACUCCUACAAAAAAUAGGGCUGUCCCUGAAGUAGAAGAGAGAAUAGUUGAAUUGGAGGGACUAAAUAUAGGUAAACGUAUCAUUAUUGGGGAUGAAAGGAUGAGCAUGGUGUACUGAAGUGUCUAUCCUCAGUUUGAAAGUCAUCAUUUAACUUAAUUUGGUGAAAGCUACCCACUGUCCAAGUUUGUAGUUUAAUGAAACAGUUGUAUAUAAAACUGAAGUGGUAUUAUCAUCAUUGAAGUAGAUGGGUAAUACGUGGGCAGCAUUAGCUAGUUUGGUAUUAUCAUCAUUGAAGUAGAUGGGUAAUACGUGGGCAGCAUUAAUUAGUUUGGUAUUAUCAUCAUUGAGGAAGAUGGGUAAUACGUGGGCAGCAUUAGCUAGUUUGGUAUUAUCAUCAUUGAGGAAGAUGAGUAAAUAUGUAUGCAAUGUUAACUCAUUCUUUUAUGACUAUAGCUAUAGUGGGUUGAAUCUUAAAGAAUCUUGUGUGAUCAUUUCACCCAUUUUAAGGGACCAGUGUUGUGGAAUGAAUAAAAAAAGUAUUUGGAUCCAAUUAAUUCUCUUUAUUUCAAAGAAGUGAAUUUCUCUGAAGUUUGAUUAUAUAUCUUCAGUUUCAAAAUAAACCCUUGUACACGAAUUUUGAACAGACAAUCCUGUUACUUGAAUUAAUUAUAAUUUUGUGUAUGUAGUUUAGUAAUUGAUAUUCAUUAACAAACUGUUCCGUAAAACAAUACGUUUUAUGUACGAAUCAACUGAUGUAGCGAUAAUAUUAAAUGAAUUUAUUAUGGUGUAUUCCUCUGAAGUUUGAUAUUAAAGAAGUAAUAAGUAAGAUUUUGACAUGGCAUUUAUAAAAUUUAGGGUUAAAACAAGAGGUCGUGAUGUGUAAAUAUAUUGUAAAUAAUUUAUAUGUAGAGCUUGUGUCUAGUUCUGUAGAAAAAGAGCAAAUAUUGAAUUAAAGACAGCACUUAAUGUCCUUUAGUUCUGUUGCUUUAUUAGUCUAUUAUGUAGACUAGUAUAAUAUCUUUAUAUUUAUCAGUUUCUAAACUGUAAAAAUAAUAUGAAAUAAGCAGUUAGUCCUAAUUUAUUAGAUACUUCCCUCCGACUCGUGUGUUUUUGUAAUCUAUUUGGUUUUGUCAAUAAACAGUUUAUACAAAUAGA